AUGAGUCCUGGACGGGACGCGUUGCUGGAGCCAGAAGCUCUUUGUGGUAUUCCUGCAGACUUUUCUUCUAUGCCAUUGGCCUCCGAAAGUACGGAGGCUGACGAGAACAGUCCUGAUCCCCACAGAAAUUCUGUGUCUCCAGGCGUUUUUCUGCCGGUUAAAGCAUCCAUGGCCCUACCCUCGAGAGAAGAGCCAGUGGAAGCCCAUUUUUCCAGCGGUAAAUACCAAGAAAGAAGUUGGAGUGGAUCCAAAGAAAGGCACGCAAAUCCUUGUCAACUGAGCAGCAACGGAAUCCAAGCUGAUGUCCGGCACACAUCGCCUUCGCCAGCUUGUGGUUUGCCCGGAAGCACUACAGAGCAUCGCUUGACGACCCAGAGCGUUCACAGUUCAGUCUCCUCAGAGCAUACCUCUGACUCCAUAUCAAAGCUCUCAACGCCACAGAUCUUCUUAGAUGAUUCAGAUGGCUCUGGAAGCGACGAUGGAGUGGCCGUUUAUAUUGACGAGACAGACGACGAUGCCAACGAUGGCUUGUUGAUCACGGAGUGCCGCAUCAGCUCCCGGAAAGCAGCUGAAAUCCGCGCGUUCAAGGAGCGCUGGGUGGAACAGAUGCUGUUGAAGAAGGCACAACUCCUCAGCCCGUCCCUCACCAAAGGCGUAGGAACUGGGGGGAAACGCCGGACGUGCAGCGCUAGCAAAGAGACAAACGGACAUGAGUCUGGCGCUGCUGCUACGCAGGGCGACGGGGCUGAAUUUCUAGAGAGCAAACUGAGGGCUUUCGCUGCAUGCAUGAUGCCUGAGGCGCUAGAGUGCAUCUGCCGCAACGCGAAACGGUGGGUUGAGGCGUCUAGUGACUCUUCAGAUUCAGAAUCCCCAGGGGUUCCAUCCUGCUGCUCCCGCCGCCGGCAUUCAAAGGCCGUUUCAGGGGCAUUGCCUUUAUCCGACCGGAGCUGUCAUGAUUCUGCGGCUCCGCAUGCACGCACACCAGCCACGGAGAAGCAACAGCAACCGGCUUAUAGCAGAGACCAACAACAAGGCGAUGCUGCUGCUGACAUCGCGCUGCAGUCAUGGGGACGCUUUCUCAAGUACAUCCGGAAAACCAGCAGGAUUUUGCCCUCACGACAACGAAUUGAAUGGAAAGCAGGUCUUGAAAGCGACGACGAUGACGAACAAGCCCCGCUGUACAUGUGCCGACCGGGAUCUGUGCAGAGGCCGUCACCACUAAUUAGCCACAGCCUCACAGAACACCUCAAGGCGUCUGGCACAAUGUUCUUCAAACAAUUCCGCAGGCAGUAUCUAGCGGCGUCUGUUCCCGCUACUCCUGAUACUUCGGGUGUAACCUCCACACAGCCGCAGCUAUCUACUGCAGUGGGAACGGAGUCUGCGUCGGACUGCGCAGUAGUACAUGCAUCCCCAGCAAGCGACUCUGCAGGUGAGACGGUCAACGAUGACGAACGAAAGUCCCAUUCCAAGGCGGAUGCUGAAGAGGCGGUCCCACUGUAUGAAAUAAGUGCAGAAACAUCAGCUUUGUUCGGCGAUAUGAUGCGGCUUGAAGACACGGCGCGGAUGCUCGACGCGUCGUGCACCUUCCGCCUGCCAGCAGCUCCUUCUUCAAUCGUCCGUUCCAAAAAGUCGAAGCCUAAAACAGGUGUUGAACCAGCACACAGACACAGCGGUUCUUCUGUUCUCUGUUGUGGCGGUGCUGGCCUGUGCUCUGCUGCAAUCGCCGACUCGACUGCCACGGCUGCAACCGCAACCGCAGCAACGGCCCCUCCUCAGCACAGACGUAGAGGCCAUGUGACCCUGUAUACCAGCCCCCACGCAGCAACUGCCGCUGCACUGAGCCAGCUGAUCGUGAAUUGUCAAGCGGAAAAGCGGUUGGAAGCGCAUGCCCACCAGCACGUGCCGUGCGUGGCAGUUGCAGGUGCGAGUCUUCUGAAACCAGAAGAGACCAGCUUUGACAGAGAAGAUCAAGAGGGCAAUGGCUCCUGCGUUGUAUAUACAGUCCAGGCAGAUGAGGACACUUUGGCAUUGAGCGGCUUGGAUGCGGAAUACUGCGCUCGGGUUAGAUCGGCUUCGCAAGGGAGAAACCGGGCAGCGAGCAGCUUGGCACAUUUGGAAUGCAUGCAACUCAACGGCAGCGCCUUGCAAGGAAGUGUAACUCCUGAGGCGGUGCAUAAGAAGAAGCGUAAAGCCCCUGUCGAGACCACUGUGGUAUCGAGUGACGAUGAGGAGUCGGGUAGUGAGCGCUCUCCUGGUGAAGAAGAAGCACCAGGAACAGCGUGUCGCGCAGAGGCAGCAGAGGAAGCAAGCUCCCGCAGGUCGCUUAUGGUCGACAAGCUCAUGCUAGCGCACCUCAUGCCUUAUCUUCCGCAGUUUGGCCCUCCAUAG